GUGGAAGAGGACGAGAGCCACGUCAGCAAUCUAGGGAGGCAUGCCCGAAAGGGCACGUGCGCGCGCUCGCUGUCGUGUACCACAUGUGAUGAGAGACAAAAGCCGCGGAACGGAGGCAUGCGCGCGCUAUCGGUCGAAGGCAUACGCGGGGGAAGUGCGCGCAAAGGAGGAGUAGAUUGGGCGGGAAACUGCCACGUGUUAAUACUGUAAUUAAUUCAGUAGUCAAUCAGAGGGGUCAUCGAUAUCGUGUCACACGAGCAGAGCGGUGGCGCGUAAGAGAGAGAGAGAGAGAGAGAGAGAGAGAGAGGAGGUUACGUGGCAGUUAGUUGAUUGGGACACGCCACGUGUCGCGCAGAAGAUAGGUUGGGCAACAGCAAAGGAGGGCGGGAAUAUCAGGGGGAACGUUUUCACUCCGCCGCCUCCAUUCCGUCUAAUUGGACACGUCAGCGCGUGAGCGAGGAACAAGAAGGGAGCAGGGAAUGACAACCCAUCCAUCGCCUUCUUGAAGGAGGAGGAGGAGCUCGGUUCAUCGGGGCGGGGAGGAGGAGGAGGAGGAGUGCAGCUGCGCGUGUGUAAGAUCAGACGCAUACGCGUACGCACGUUCACACAGCGAGAUGGCGGCGGCGGCAGUAGGAGCGGGCGCGGCAGUGGGGAAGGCGUUGUUGCCAUCGAUGCGGGAGGGGGGGGACGCGCAGCGGGGGAGGUCCGCCGGCGAAGCUGAGGCAGUGCGCGCUUCCGCUGCGGCGGCCACGGAGGGGAAACUUCGGAGGCUCGGUGAGAGGGAGCAGCAGUCGAGCUCGGACGGCGGGCGUUUUCCGCGGAGGCGGCGGACGAUGCGCCCGACGAUUGCGCGCGACGGCGGCGGCGGAGUUUUCCCCCGGCUCUGCUGCGCGCAUGCGGCGAAGCCGAAGCCUUCUUCUUCUUCGCCGCCGCCGCCGGGUGGAUGCGCAGGGUACGCGGAGCAAUCCGCCCAGCAACCCGCCCAGCGGGGAUCGUGCGACGCGGCCCAACACCUCCCGCGCAAUCCUGUCCGUCAUGCGUUCAUCUCUUCCGCCGUCGCCGCCGCCGCCGCCGCUUCCCUCGCCUUAUCGGGAUUGGGAUUCGUUGCUCCGCCUUUGGCUUCGGCGGAGCUGAACAAGUACGAAGCGGAUACGAGGGGGGAGUUCGGGAUCGGCUCGGCGGUUCAGUUCGGUUCCGCCGAUUUGCGCGGGACGAUGCACAAGAACGAGAACUUCCGCCGGGCCAACUUCACUUCCGCCGACAUGCGCGGCGCAGACUUCAGCGGAAGCUUCUUCAACGGCGCGUACAUGGAGAAAGCCGUCGCCUAUCAAACCAAUUUCGACGGCGCUGAUCUCAGCGACACGUUGAUGGACCGUAUGGUUCUCAACGAGGCCAAUUUGAAGAAUGCCCUCCUAGUGCGCGCCGUGCUGACCAGGAGUGACCUGGGGGACGCGACGAUCGACGGCGCAGAUUUCAGCGAUGCGGUGCUCGAUCUUCAGACCAAGAUCAGUCUCUGCAAGUACGCCAGCGGAACCAAUCCCGUCACAGGGAUGAGUACGCGGGAAAGCCUAGGCUGUGGGAAUAGGAGAAGGAACGCGUAUGGAACCCCCUCCGCGCCCAUCCUGAGCUCCCCCCCGGAGAGACUGCUCGAUAGGGAUGGCUUCUGUGACAAAAGCACGGGAAUGUGCGAGUCGUCCGAUUUGAAUUAAAUCAAGUAAAAGCAAAGGCCAAAGCAAUCCAAGCAAUCCAAUCAAUCUAAUCAAUCCAAUCAAUCUAAUCAGUCUAAUUUCCAAUCAAUCUAAUCAUCCCCGUCAAUCCAAGAAUCUAAUUAACCUAAUAAAUCGAAAUUAACCCAAUCCAAUGAAUCAAUGAAUCAAUCAAUCAAUCAAUGAAUUGAUCCAAUCAAGCACUCAAUCAGCCAAUCAAUCAAUCAAAAAAUCAACCAAUCAGUGUAAAUAAAAUAUGGAACCUUCCCCUGGUCCUCCCUCCUAAGGUGGAGGCUGAUUCCUAGAAAUAUAUACAUAUAUAUAGAUAUAUAGUAUAUAUGAUGAGUCGGUGAAACUCCGACGAAACAGUUUGUCACAGCCCCUCGUUUGUUGUCCUCUUCUCCCUCUCUGCCUACGGUUUACCGGCCAGUUCUAUUUGACGAUAUAUAUGUACUCUACGUAAGGGUUGGUUAUCUGCUUCAUAAGGGUUAUCUGCUUCGUGAGUUUGUCUGUGUUUCGUACUCUCCAGAUUAACUGCCUCGUAACUCGAGUUUGCGAGUCUUUGAAAUCACAGGUUAAGAAAAAAAAGAACAAAGACGAAGAAAUAUAAAAAAGACGAAGAAAAAGAAAGACGACGACGACGACGACGACGACGAAGAAGAAGAAGAAGAAGAAUCGUGAAUAGUGAAAACAGGGACCGACUGUGUUUGAAAUAAUAUAGCCACAAAAAUAGAAAGGAAAACAAAAAAGAAGAGCAGAAAGAAAAAGAAAGAAGAGGAAGCUGCAGGUUAUCUGCCUUGUAAAUCCUGUGUUGCUAACUAGAAGGAUCUUUUAUUUUUUGUACAAGUUCUUGAAAUCACAAGUUGCAAAACAAAUGAACAAAGCAAAUGAAGAAGAAGAAGAAGAAGAAGAAGAAAACACCGGUUAUGUAUCUAAGAAGUAGAAGCAGCAGAAGAAGAAGAAGAAGAAGAAGAAGAAAACACAGGUUAUGUAUCUAAGAAGUAGAAGCAGAAGCAGAAGCAGGAGGAGUAGAAGAAGAAGAAGAAGAAGAAAACACAGGUUAUGUAUCUAAGAAGUAGAAGCAGAAGAAGAAGAAGGAGGAGGAGGAGGAGGAGAAGGAGGAGGAGGAGAAGGAGAAGAAGAAGAAGAAAACACAGGUUAUGUAUCUAGGUGGUUUGUAAGUUGGAGACUAUGAGUGUACUUGAGACCAACCAACCAACCAACCCACGGUUUGUAUCCGGUCACCAGGUUAUAUCCAGGUUAUGUACUCUCUCUCUCUCUCUCUCUCUCUCUGCAUUCUAAUGCAGCCAGGGCCAUAAAGUUAUCUACUUUUUAAAGGUUGACGUUCCAACUUUUGUGAGCUGUUUGAAACGCAGUGGUGUUUGUAUCCGAAGGGCUCAAUUUUUAAAGGUUGACGUUCCAGUUUUUGUGAGCUGUUUGAAACACGGACGGGAUGGAUGAUGGGAUAGUGGCCCCACCUGUUAAGAUCUUUUUCGACG